GGGCCCCGAGGGAAUCGCUGCUGUCCUGCCCCGCGGGGGCGCCCGCUGGGUCCCCGCGCCGCGGCCGCCCGCCGUCGGACCUGGCUCGCAGUGGACAGAGGUGCCGGCGCGCGUCUCAUCCAGCAGCCGGCAGGUGCAGGCACUGCUGCCCGGUCAGCCUUGAACUUAGUGUUGAGUUGGGAGCCAUUCCCCCUCCCAACCCCUUGGACAGCACCAGGACCAAGCCAGAGUUGGUCUCCUGCCCCGCUCCAUCCCUACACCUCUGACCUCAUUCUUCUGGUCCCCCCCAGCCUGUCUCCUGAGAGCCCCUCCCUUCUACACAUACCCCCUUCCCGGGAGAGGGAACGCCUCCUUUCUCCCACUCCUCCUCAUUUCCUGCAUGGCAUCCUAGGAAACGCCACCCUGGUCUCUCCAGCUCUCCCUGACUGCACUGUCCCGUGGGUCUCCUUUGCCUUCUAGGACAUUCUGCACCACUUGUACCUCACUGUGCCCUGCUCCACUGUGACUUUCCAGGUCUUCUGCAGCCAUCUCCCGUAUCAGCACCACCUACUGAGGCCAGCUUUUGUGAGGACUCCCCCAGAAUCCCUGGUUAGGGUCUAGAAACUCCUGGACAAACCCCUUUAUUGAGCCCCCACCCCUCAGCCUCUGCCUCGCCCCUUGGCCCGCCUUGUUGUUCCCCUGAGCCUCCGAGCAGGGGGCUUGGGGGGUGUGCUCCGAUGGCCUCCCGCCCCCCGUGGCCCUGCAGCCCCUGUGGGCCGGGGGGGACGCGUGGAAAGCCGCGCCCGGGAUGGGCAACCGCACGUGGGACGGCUGCCACGUGGACUCGCGCGUGGACCACCUCUUUCCCCCGUCCCUCUACAUCUUUGUCAUCGGCGUGGGGCUGCCCACCAACUGCUUGGCACUGUGGGCGGCCUACCGCCAGGUGCGCCAACGCAACGAGCUGGGCGUCUAUCUGAUGAACCUCAGCGUCGCAGACCUGCUCUACAUCUGCACACUGCCGCUCUGGGUCGACUACUUCCUGCACCACGACAACUGGAUCCACGGCCCCAGCUCCUGCAAGCUCUUCGGCUUCGUCUUCUACACCAACAUCUACAUCAGCAUCGCUUUCCUUUGCUGCAUCUCCGUAGACCGCUACCUGGCCGUGGCCCACCCGCUGCGCUUUGCGCGCCUGCGCCGCGUUAAGACAGCCGUGGCCGUGAGCUCCGUGGUCUGGGCCACCGAGCUGGGCGCCAACUCGGCGCCCCUGUUCCAUGACGAGCUCUUCCGCGACCGCUACAACCACACCUUCUGCUUCGAGAAGUUCCCUAUGGAGGGCUGGGUGGCCUGGAUGAAUCUCUACCGCGUCUUCGCCGGCUUCCUCUUCCCUUGGGCGCUCAUGCUGCUCUCCUACCGCGGCAUCCUGCGGGCCGUGCGGGCCAGCGUGUCCACCGAGCGCCGGGAGAAGGUCCGGAUCAAGCGGCUGGCGCUGGGCCUCAUCGCCAUCGUGUUGGUCUGCUUCGCGCCCUACCACGUCCUGCUGCUCUUGCGCAGCGCCAUGUACCUGGGCCGCCCCUGGGACUGUGGCUUCGAGGAGCGCGUCUUCGCCGCCUACCACAGCUCGCUGGCUUUCACCAGCCUCAACUGUGUCGCUGACCCCAUCCUCUACUGCCUGGUCAACGAGGGUGCCCGAGGCGACGUAGCCCAGGCGCUGCACGACUUGUUGCGAUUCCUGGCCAGUGACAAGCCCCAAGAGAUGGCCACGGCUUCUCUCACCCUGGAGACCCCACUCACCUCCAAGAGGAAGGGCAGCGCUGCCGGAGCAGCGGCGGUUGGCUGGGUUGCCACACCACCCACCCCUGGGGAACAGGUGCAGCUGAAGAUGCUAGCGCCACCACUGCUGCCCAAGUGAACUGCACCAU